AUAUAUAGCCUCUGUAUCUCACUCCUCACUGUAUUGAAACUCGAAUUCCAUUACACAAACAGCCGCCUGAGUGAAAAAUGGAGCAGACUUUCAUUAUGAUCAAACCUGAUGGUGUUCAAAGAGGCCUGGUAGGUGAGAUUAUUGGCAGGUUUGAGAAGAAAGGUUUCACCCUAAAAGGUCUGAAAUUUAUGACAGUGGAUCGCUCUUUUGCUGAAAAGCACUAUGCCGAUUUAUCUGAAAAGCCGUUCUUCAGUGGUCUCGUUAAGUACAUAAUCUCAGGGCCAGUUGUUGCUAUGGUUUGGGAGGGUAAGAAUGUGGUGGUCACCGGAAGAAAGAUUAUCGGAGCCACUAACCCUGCUGACUCAGCACCCGGAACCAUCCGUGGUGAUUACGCCAUCGCUAUUGGCAGGAAUGUUAUUCAUGGCAGUGAUGCAGUUGAGAGUGCAAGAAAGGAGAUUGGUCUUUGGUUUCCGGAAGGAAUUGCUGAAUGGAGGAGCAGCCUUCACCAUUGGAUCAAUGAGUAAAACUUGAAAUUUGAUCGAGGCUACGAUUAUUAAUUAUUAUAUGUAUUGUCGUGGCUUAUAUAUGUAUCUUCAAGUUUAACUAUUUUGCGUCUUAAUUGUGAACUUUCUUGCCAAAAUCGAAUAAAAACUUGAGUGACGUAAUAUAUUUUGCAUU